AUGGAUGAGAAACGCCCUGCUCCACGAGCCAUGUCGCCGCCUCGUUCCCUCCGUCGCAGUCGACCUACCCUCACAAUAGCCUUUGUAAUAGCUGUUGUUUAUACAUUCUGGAUAUGGCAGCCUUUCAACCCUAUACUUAACCAAACGAUGGUCGAUAUCGCCAGUGACGAUGUUCAUACUACCGAUAAGCUUGUGCCACUAGAGGCACACAUCAUGAGUAAAUGUCCUGACGCAAAGGAUGGACUUGAACUACUAGUACUGCCCGUGAUGCAACGCGUUCAUGAUAAGGUUAACUUCACAUUAUCUUACAUUGGCCGGCCGACUGCCAACGACGGUGUCGACUGCAUGCAUGGCCCUUCAGAAUGCAUGGGCAACAUCAUCGAGCUCUGCGCCCGCGAACUCUACCCCGAUCCCAAGAUCAACCUCGGCUUCAUCAUGUGUCUAAGCCGUGACUACAGCGAAAUCCCCGAACGAUCCCUCGUCGAAGACUGUGCUCUUGAAUCCGCGAUCGAUUUCCAGCAACUUAACGACUGCGCUGUAAAGGAGGACGGCGCCUAUGGCUUGAGCCUCCUACGGGAUAGCAUCAAGAGAACUGCAGAUGUAUGCCAAACUCGUCUGGAAUACCAUGCCCGUGCUAAUAUGAUCGAUAGGCCGGUGUAA